AUGAAGUACAACAGCCAGGUGGUCCAAGAGUUCAACGAGCUCGUCAACAUGACAGCCUCUGAGCUCGAGAAGUGGCUCAAGUCGGGCGACUCAAACAGCGCAGGUUGGCCAAAGGAAGAUAGCUCUGGCGAGUCGAUUGGCCACGACAGUGGCCGCAAGAUUGUAGAGAUUCUUCGGGCCAAUCCCAAAAAGGACCCUACGAAGUAUAGCGAGGAUCACAUUGAGCACAUGCGCAAGGUCGUUUCAUACUGCAAGCGACAUCUGGCACAGGAGGAGAAGGCCAACAACGAAAAGUCGGCCGAGGAAGUGAAGAAGACCAAAUCGUAUGCGUCCUUGAAGAAUUGGGGACACGACUUCCUUAAGGGGAAAGAGGACGAUGACAAGCACGAGGACGAGGAGGCGAAGAAUGAAGGCGAGGAUGAGAAGGGCGAAGAGGCAGGGGAGGUCGAGGGUGACAAGCAUGCCGGCGACAAGCGAAAGCAACCAGUCAAAGCGCAAAAGGGUUCAAAAAAGAAACGCGAGACUCGUAAAGGAGCAGCUGGUGGACAGGGCAAGAAAUCGGAUAAGGAUGAUGCCUCUGAUGAUGACGAAGACGAAGAUGCUGAGGAUGCUGAAGAUGAUGAUAAUGCCCAACAACAAUCCAACGGACGGGGCGCUAAUAAGCGCAAGGAGGGCGAGAAGGAGGAAGAAGAUGAUGAUGGCAAGAAAGACGAAGACGACGGUGGGAAGAAGGCCAAUGGCUCAGGUAAAUCAGCUAAAAAUGGACCCGAACCAGGCGACACCGUGAGCUGGAAGUGGGGAGGAGGCCAUCCCGAAGGCAAAGUUCUCGACGUCAAGGAAGAAAAGGCUACUAUCAAAACCAAACGCGGUAAUGAAGUGUCGCGCAAGGGGAGCAAGGAGGAUCCCGCUGUGGUGCUUGACACUGGCAAGUCCAAGGCUGUGAAGGCAGCUCAUGAGCUGGACUGA